AUGUCUAGAAGGAGACAAAAGGAGAAAACAGACAAGGCAAAUGCUGAGGAGGAGGCCUCGAAACAUACAGGACCUACUCCAAAUGAAAAAUUGCCUGCUCAGACCUUUGACGAAUAUCAGUGCUCAGGCAUCGUUGAGAUUGACUUCCCUGGGCUUUGUGCUCUUUUGGAGAUGAAGGAUAUCCCAACUGUGAGCACCAAGCAACCAGCCUUACCCACCACUGAAACUGAAGGAGAGGAAACAGAGGACAGCCAGUCACAGAUAAAUGCUGCACCUUUCUGGUCUAAGCCAUGCCUCAAAGUGGAACUGGAGAAUGAAGACCCCCUCAGCGCCAAGAAAUUGAAUGUUUCUGGCUGGAAGGUAGAUGAGCAGAUUGCUAGAGUGCUACAGAAGAUGCUUCUCUCCUUGGGCAAGCUACAGAGCCUUCAGUUUUGGCAGGCAGGACUGACAGAUCGAAUGGUAAUCUCCCUCAUGAAAACAAUAUCGCUGUGCUCCAACCUCAGAGCUGUGACAUUGGAGGGCAACCAUCUUCCAGAGCAGAGCUACCACCUUCUUCUCUCUGAAGACAGCGUCCUCACCCACUUGUCCCUGCGAAAUAACCAGAUAGGAGACAAGGGAGCUCAUCUAAUUGGGUCGGCUCUCUCAACAACCAGAUCUGCUAACCGGAACCUCCUGUCACUCAACCUGGCAUUCAAUUCUAUCGGGGAUGCAGGUGCUGCACAUAUCGCAAAGGGCCUGCGGUUGAAUCGUGCUUUGCUCCUUCUCUCGCUGUCAAACAAUCAGAUUGGAGACUCAGGAGCUGCUCAUCUGGCCGGGAUUCUUGGCGAGUUUGCGCUCACUCAUGAAGAAGUUAUGGAGAGGAGGAAGAUGCUUCUGGAAAGAAUGCAUCCUUCAUCUUUAAUGGUUGAUUCUGACCAGCCUGCUGACCAAAUUCUCUCAGUAGCCAGGAGCAGUUCACUGAGCGUCAGCAAAGGGGAGAACAAAGGCAAAAAAAAGGAAACAUCCAAAAAAGAUGAGAAACCAGCUUCCAACAAAGAGAACCAAAAGUCUAACAAGAAAUCUUCCGAUAUAAAGACGACUCAAAGUAAAGGUGGCAAGCAAGGAGGCAAAGAGAAACCACUAAAUGCACAAGAGGAUAAAUCAAGUUCUGCCCUGACCGAGGGAGAGUCUGUGGAGAUGGUGAACCCCCUGCUGGACCAGUCGGUGCAGCACAGGGAUGGUGAGCUUAUUCUGCCUGGAAACAAGACUCUCACCUCCCUCAACUUGGCAGGAAACAGAAUUACAGAGAAGUUGCUGCCUCUUUUCCUGACAUCACUGGAGAUGCAGGGGGAGGGAGAAGGCCUGCAGCGUCUCUGUCUGCAGAGAAACCACUUCCCACCCGAGUGUGAGUAUUAUCUGAAGAUAAAGGAAAUGAUGACACUCAGAGAUCCACUCGAAAAAAACAGCUCCAAACAGACAGAAGAGGAGGAAAAGGGGUCAUACUAG